CACAGUUUGGUGCGGGAGUGUGCGGGGUGUAAGGCUCUCGACCAUUUCCUUCCAUUUAAAUAUCGAGCUUCUUUUUUUUUUCUCCCCCCAACUGAACAGGUUGUACCCUGGAGGAAAGUCGGAGCUUCUAAACUGAUCAACUACCAAUAAUCAUAAUAUAGUAUUAAUAUGAAUAUGAAUAAUAAUAAUAAGAGGGAGGAGUAGAAGUUAUUGGAGCGUUUUGGAGUCAUUGCGCUUAAUUAUAACGGGAAAAGAGGCUCUAUGAUGAUGUUCUGAGACUGGAAAUACAGCAUAAGACUUCUGUGGAACCGAGCGCAAAAAUCAGCACCACGAACGCUUGAAGAAGUCAGAAGCGAGUCUGGGGCUGAUUUCUUUCUCACCCAGACUGUUGAUUCCUGCAGCCUUUCACUGACAGACACGUGUGAAAUAUAAUCUCCCUGUUUUUCCCACAAACUCCGUUUGGAGGAGAAGCUAUAAGUGUUUAAGCACACAUUGUCCAAUCAAAGAGCAAAUGACACAAAAAGACAGAUAAUAAAGAAGUUUAUUGUUUUUGCAGCUUUUCAGUUGAACAGUUUCAGUUCUGGUGUACAGAGGAACUUGCAACACUCAGAACUGACAGAAAUAAUGAAUGCAGCUGCCUGUCUUUCUUUAAAUAUGUGUGUGAGAUCAUAUUAUCACUCCUAUUCUGUCAUCAGUGAGACCUUGUUAUACAAAGCAAUACUUAACCCUAAUAGUUUCAGUGUCGAGGUAUUUAUAGAUUUUAGACUUUAGCCUUCACAUCUGAUAUCACCACCAGUCCCUGACGCAAGGAUCCAAAUAUUUGAAAUAUCUUGAAUGUAUAAAUAUGUCUAGGCAAGAGGCACAAACACACUGUAUUUUGGUCAGUGGAUAUGGAUAAUAUAAUUUUUUUUAAAUUUUUUUUUUUUAAAGUCCAGUUAGAGUUGAUUAGUGAGUGUGUUAUAUGUUUUGCCAUCACUAAUUAGCUUAUAAGUAGUUACAUGUUUCAUGUUAAGCAAUAUCAUGUACAGUAACAUUCAGAUCCUCUUCUGUGUUACGUAAGAAAGGAAAUAAUGUGCUCAUAAAAUCAUGUGUUGUGGUGUAUUUCAAGCCCAGCGAUACACUCCGACAGAAACGUCACAGCUCUGGACUCUUGCAAUAUUCAUAACCGAAGAUGAAACUUGACCUGAAUGAAUGAAAACCUUCACAGCCAACAUUUUACAAAAAAGAAAAAAAUGUUGGAUCUGAAUCACUGAUUUUUUUUUCUUUUGUUAUCAAUUUUGGAUCCAGAUUAGAAGCAGAUUCUCAUAAAUAUAGGCUGAAGACAACUUAUUGAGGAUGGAUGAAGUUUUUUCUGUAAUCAGUGGCUAAAAGGUCAUCUGAUAUUAGGUGACUAUAGUCAUGACCAUAAUGUUGUGAAAGUUCACUUUAAUGAUUAAAUAAAUUACUAAAUACAGUACUGUGCAAAAGUCUUUUUUUUUUUUAAAAAUACAAACUUUGUUAUAGAUUUUUAUUUUCUGACUUCUACAUUAUUGAUUCAGUACAAAAACACUUUAGAUUCCAAACAUGAGUUUUCCAGGACAGAAUGAAACAUUACAGAAAAAUGUUUGUAUGUCAGUAAUAAAGCAGCAGAUUCCAUAAGAGACACUUUUCAGAUAAAAACAUAAUGAAGGCUGCUGGGUUUCGCUGCAGAAAUAAGAAGCGAGUCGACAGUCAAAGUCUCCAGAAGAACUGUGGCUGCUUCUGCAAGAUGCUCAGUAACACUUCCAGCUCAUUUCCUUAUAAAACUGCACACACUGUAAGUGAGACUACUAUUUUAUUUUUAAAGCGAAGGAUCGUCACACCAAAUAUCAACUUUAUUUCACUGAUUAAUGUUUACUGCUCUUUAUAGUAUUUUUUAAUGUAGAAAGAUUUAGUUUCAUUAUUUUUGAAGGCAUCUUUGCACUACAGUAUUUCUUUGCAUAUGCUUAAGACGUUUGCACAGAACUGUACGGUUAAUUAAAGAUGAAAAGUGAGUAUGGCACUCCUUUCUGUACCUGAUACAUUACUUCUGUUCUACUUUCACAAAACCACACUGCAUGAAAGGACUCUGAGUCAUCUAUAGCUUUACACUGUCCACAAAAAAACCCCCCACACAUUAAAAGCUAAAAAAAUUUAAAAAUACAAAUAAAUUAGAGAAAUACCUACAAAUGAAUCCUAAUAAAUAAAGAUGUAUAACAUAAAUAAAUAACACAGUAGAUUACAUAGAACAAAAACACUGGAAUUGCAUACAGAAAGAAAGUAAAAUUAAGUACAGUAAAUAACAGUAUAAAUUUACAAUAAAUAAAAUACUGUAGAAAAAAUGUGUUUAAAAAAAUCCUGUCAGCAUGAUGAUAUGAGUAAAUAGUAAAUAACUAGGAAAUGUUUCUGUAAUGUAUGAUUUGAUAUGAAGAAUUUAGAUUUCACACUGAGAUAUACACAGCAGUGCAGAGUGUUUCUCAGGGUGUUGUGUGUGGCUAUAUGUGUGACCUUUAUGGCUUUCUCUCUAUCUGUCUCCGAGUCUGAGACACUGAAUGCAAACUUAUAAUAGGUAUCAUGAGGUCACCAGAAUCAGGGACACAUGACACUGCUCUGCUCUGGAUAGAGACAGAUAGAGAGAGAAAAGACGUACGACGUAUGAGACGAAGAAAGCCAAGAGAUAAGCAAAAUAUCAACACCAAGGCCGUGAGACAGAAUGGGUGAUUACAGAGAUAAUAUCAGUUAAUAGCGUGAGACAUGGUCAGUUUAAGGAGAAGAAAGAAAAGAAUGAGAGAUCAGGAAUGAAAAACUUGACAUGCAGCCGGUCGUGCCGUCUCCGCUCUGGCCCGAACUCAGCCUCACUCUCCAGCGCUUUGGGUCCAAGUGGAGAAUCUCCAGCUCGCUCAUGGAGCUCAGCAUCGGGCCACCCUGCUCCAGCUCCAGCUGUGGAAUGCGUAUACCCAGGAUGCAUGCCAGCUGGAGGAGAACCAAGCUCCUUGGAGUGAUGAUGAUUGUCAACUUUCUGAUUUACAUUCUGGUGGAGAUGACACGGAGUUAUGGCAAAUGGGACCCCACGAAGCCCCACAUACCAUCUGAGAAAUUCUGGAAAAAGCCUGAACUCAGCAAGGCCUUUUGGAACCGCCAGCAGCAGCAUGUUAGCUACAUUCACAACCCACUAAUCGUUCCCACCAGUGUUGGCACCACCAUCGUGUCCUUCACAGAGGCGACGCAGUCCUCCAGUCAGCCGAACUACACAACCAAGACAGACCAUUGCAAACCAGACUUUACAGUGACCACACAGAUUAAGGAUUACAGUUCCCUGCCUCAGCGCUUCAAAGAUUUCCUGCUGUAUAUGCAGUGUAGGUCGUACCCGAUGCUAAUAGAUGCUCCAGGUGUGUGUUCUGAAGCACCUUUCCUGCUGCUUGCUGUGAAGUCCCUGACGCCUCAUUUUGACCGGCGCCAGGCUAUCCGGGAGUCCUGGGGACGCGCUGGGAUCCUGGCCAACCACCGUGUAGCCACCGUCUUCCUCUUGGGCAAGACAGGAGGAAGUGAUUACUUCCCGAAUGUUUCAGCGAUGCUUCAUUACGAGGCGUCGCUGCAUGGAGACCUACUUCAAUGGGACUAUCGCGACACGUUCUUCAACCUCACACUGAAAGACGUGCUGUUCCUUGAGUGGAUGGCCGAGCGCUGCCCCUCAGCUCGCUUCAUCUUCAAGGGUGAUGAUGACGUCUUCGUGAACACCCGAAGCAUCCUGAGUUUCCUCAGUGGACUCUCAGAGACCAAGGCACAAGAUUUAUUUGUCGGAGACGUGAUCAGUGAAGCUAGGCCACACCGGGACAAGAGGCUAAAGUACUACAUCCCUGAGAGUGUAUUUGUUGGGCCUUAUCCACCAUACGCAGGUGGGGGCGGUUACCUGUACUCUGCUGACGUGGCGAUCCGGUUGAGAAACAUCUCUCAGCAAGUCUUGCUUUUUCCCAUCGAUGACGUCUACACCGGGAUGUGCCUGCAGAAACUUGGCCUGGUGCCCGAGAAGCACCAAGGAUUUAGGACUUUUAACAUAGAGGAAAAGUACAGAGAGAGUGCAUGCGCCUACCAAAAUUUAGUGCUGGUGCAUCCCAGGAGUCCGCAGGAGAUGAUUAAAAUCUGGGGUUGGAUUAGCGACCCUGGGCUGAGGUGCCAGUGAGAUUGGACAGUGGUUAAAUGGACAGUGGUUAAAUGGACUGAUGAUAAAUUUAGUUGCUAGGGUCAUAAAAGUCUGAUGCUGGAUCAGCUGCUGGUCUGGAUGUUGUUGUAGAGGACCAACAUCUGAUUAGAUCCUGAUCUUCAGAAUUUCUGGUCUUCAGUUGUUAUUAUUAUCUCCAAUCUGUGACCCAUGACUGAACUUCAGAUGAGUGCAGGAUAGGAUUGCUAAUAUCGUAUCGUCUGUCAGGUAUUCCAUUUGAAACUUUUAAGUGAAAGAGUUAGCGGGCUAGUAGCAGUGCACUUCUAAGAGCAAGCACUUCAGCCUUGGCUCUCAACUUGUGCAGCAAAUGUCUUGCUUCACUCAUGUGGUAUCAAACUGCUUUUUUAAUAUCUUUUUUUUUAAUUAUAAUUUUUAAUAUAUUUUUAAAGUAACAGUUACAAACCUAAACAUUUACACUUUUAUGCAGAUUUAUUUACCUGAUAUUCAGUGUUAAUUUAUUUUUAUACACAUUAAAAUAACAUCAAACUCAUUUUUAUACACAUUAUAUAACAUCAAACUCAUUUUUAAAGGUUUAUUUUUUAACAAUUUAUAAUAAUUUCAAGGGAGAUUCCAAGAAAUCCAAGACUUUGUCAUGUGCUUGCCUUUUUUGUUUAUUUUCCUGAGCACUUUUUAUCUUCUGUUGGCUCAGGGGGAAAAAAAUCAUUUGAUAAUUCUCAUAAAUCUGCUUAACAACUAGCAAAAUAUAUGAUCUGAUAUCUGCCUAGCAAUGUGUCUGUAUCAAACUACACAUUUUGUUUGGAGCUCAAGCUACACGCCUAAUGUAGCUAACAAGCAAUCUAUCUUACACAAAGUUGUUUUAAAAAGUACAAGCUCAGAAUAUUUUAAUAAUUAAACACUAUCUGCCUGUCACAUUACAUUGUUACAACCGAAGACUGUCAUUUGAGUACAUUAAUUUAAACAUAACUAGCUAGUUAGCUAUCAGCUCUGUAAGACAAUUUAUUACAAACUGAGAGUUGUCACCGCAUUAGCUAAUAGCUAAAUAGCAAACUGGCCUGGUAAUUAGCUAAUAUCAUUUGAGGAAAUAAAAUAUUAAAUAAAAGGAGUUAUUAAAUAAGUCACAGGCAUUCGUGCUGUAGUUAAACUAGUUCAAAACUCGAUCGUAAUCAUUACAACGGUACAAUUCUGCGAUUAGGUCUAGUGGGCACAUCGUGCUAAGGAAAUUCUGUUUGUCCGAGAUGGCCGCCUCGAUAACAUUUCAGUGUUCAGCUACACUGUGAAGUUUUGUACAUAUUAAGAGAUGACAGGAAGUCACACUGUGAUCGGAAUCAGCUCGGCAGUCUGUAUGACAUCAGUGAACUACUAAAUGUGGUUUGAGAAAGAUUUACAGAUAGGAUUUUGUGUUUUGAAUGCUUGGCAAACAUUCCUUUGAUUUCGUUUUUCAAGGUAAUUCACAAUUUAACAGUGAUUUUUUAAAAAAAAGAUUUUAAUUAUUUUUAUGAUAUGUAAACUACAGUAUUGUCUUCUUAUAAUGAUGGAUGUUGUCAUCAUAGCAAGCAUAAGGGCUAUAUGAUGUAAGCAAAAUUUGUUGGUAACAAUCAGCAAACAGUACGUUAUAAUCUGUUAACUGGAACGGGACUUUGGAACAGAGAUUACCUCAUUAGUCUGUGGAAACGCUCAUGAUACUUUGCACGUUUGAGGUUUACAAAUUUUAUUGUAAAGCUGCGUAAGGAUCCUAAAUUAAUUCAGAUUGGUCUCAGACUAGAUCUGGACUUAGAUCAAUCUCCACCCAAGUGCACUGUGUAGGGACCAAAAGCCAUAAACUUAUUGUCCUAAAUAGUGUAUUAAUAUGCGAAGUAUGGAACAAACUUAAUAAUUUAUAUAUUGCUAGUUCUGAUGUGUGUGUGGAUAAAGAAAUUGUUUAGCCUUUUUUUAAAUGUUAUUAUUUAACAGUUCGGACAUUUUGAAUAUUGUUGUAUUUAUGCAUUUUUAUGAAUUGUGUUCAUGUGUUUAUGUGUGAGAGAGAUUCUGUUUAUCUCUGUUUUAAACAAACUGCAUUUCACCAUUUCAGGAUUACAUUAUAUCAAUUUUUUUCAUUAAAAGAAAAAAAUCUAUAUAUUUUUUCUGAACUGCUGUAUUAAAUUGUAGUAUUUUAGUGUCUUGUUUUUUUUUUUUUGUUUUGUUUUUUUUUGAAAAAACCUGCAAAGAAAUGAUAGCAAGUGAAAAUAUCUUGAAUAUGGGAAAAUUCAACAAAUAUUUCUUAUUAAAAAAUUAUUUUACAUUAGAUUUAGGAUUGUUAAUCCUGGUUUUAAAUUGAUUAAAUUUGUCUUAUUUUAUUGACAGGUAUUUUUCCUUCUUUCCAGAAAUAAAUGCUUUAAAUUAUAGCAAAUUAAUAGAACAAGACUAUUUCAAGCUUGAAAUUAUUAAAAGAAAAAUCUAGAAAUUGGUUUAAUAAUCAUAUAUUUACAUUCAUUGCCAUUUUCAUUACAACUGGAAAUAGGAAAUACUUGAUAAAUUUGGCUAGUUUCAAGAUAUUUUCAGUUGUAAGAUGUCAUUUUAUUUGCAUUGUGUUGCUUUUGUGUUUAUCUUAUACGAUAACGUAUCUUUUUAUGUCCUUUUAAACCAUGCAAAACUCAGUCACUGUUUUCAGCAGUAAAUUACACAUCACUGGAAACGAACGCCGUUUUAUCCAUCCUUCUGUUUGUCUCAGCACGCACUUGUCUGAUUGUUGAUUUGGUGCGUUGUGUCAUUUGUAACAUUUUUGGUUUUGCACUCGAAAAGAUAAAAAAAAAAUUCCAUUGUGUACUUGUGUUUGUUAAUAUAUCUUUCUAAAAAAAUGAAAAUAUUAUCAUUUAAGGAAUAAAAGCAACAUGGAUAUUU